AAGACAGUAAGGUUAGGAUAACGGCUAAGGGUCACUUGCCGAUAUGUGCGUAAGGUGAUGGAAACAAUUCGGCUAUCUUAAUUAACGUCUUGAGAGGUAUAUUCCUCUAUGGUUCUAUCGUGUGACUAACUGAUUUUUUACUACGUCUUCAAAUCUCAGUAGUUGACAAGCAAGACUUCGUAUCAUUGUACGGUUCUCCUGACAUUCGAAGGGUACGAAACGAUGGCUAAAUACCUAGCUCAAAUAAUCAUCCUGGGAACGCAGGUCGUGGGUCGGGCGUUUGCUCGUGCUCUCCGUCAAGAAAUAGCUGCUAGUCAAGAGGCGGCCAAAAGAGCUGGCGGUGGCACUCAGGGUAGAGAAAGAGCUGCAGCAAAUGCACGGACAGGGCUCACCCUAGAAGAAGCUAUGCGAAUCAUGAAUGUUGACAGUCUCAAACAUCCUGAAGAAAUAGAAAAGAAUUACAAGUACCUGAUGGAAGCUAAUGACAAGUCAAAGGGAGGAUCAUUUUACCUUCAGUCAAAAGUUGUCAGAGCUAAAGAACGUAUCGACCAGGAACUGCAAAGUCAACAACCCCCUCAUGAGCCAGAUCCUCAAGGGAACAGCAAACAACCUUAGUCUACUUAACUUAAUCUAGCAAAUCUACUGCUGUCAAGUCUGUACAUAUUAAUUAAUAAUAAAUGGUCAUAGAUAUACAA